CUUCAGAACAGCAUCAAUCUACCUCCUACCCACAUACAUUCGUUCAGAUCAAUCAACAUGCGUUCUACUCUCAUCGCUACCGCCUUCGCGGCGCUGUCCGCUGCGGCUCCCACCAAGCGCCAGGCUACCAAGGGCGGUCCCUCCGAUGGUGUGAUCCUCAACUACGCGUUGACUCUUGAGCACUUGGAGAACACAUUCUACAAGGAGGUUCUCCAGAAGUUCACCCUCGCCGACUUCCAGGCCGUCGGUCUCGAUAACGUGUUCUACAAGAACCUCCAGACCAUUUCCAGCGAUGAACAGACCCAUGUCGAGUUCCUGACCACCGCCCUCACUGCCGCCGGCGUGACUCCUGUGGUUGCGAACGAGUACAACUUCGGCCUUACCGAUGUGCCGUCGUUCCUCACACUUGUGAACAUCCUUGAGGGUGUUGGUGUUUCCGCCUACUUGGGUGCUGCCCAAUUCAUCGCCAGCGGAGACUACCUCACCGCUGCCGGUUCCAUCUUGACCGUCGAGGCCCGCCACAGCGCCUACCUCCGCGACUCCAAGCGCCCUCAGCAGCUGUCGCCGUUCCCAAAUCCCUUCGACACUCCGCUGUCGAUCAACGCUGUCUAUACACUCGCAAGCCCAUUUAUCACCAAAAACAACAACCCAAACGCCGAUCUUCCCGUCAUGGCAUACACUGGCCUCUCAUACGCCGGUGCCCCGGCUGCCAUUGGCUCAACCAUCGAGGUUACCUCCGCCAAGGAAGUUUCCGCUACUGAGGCGUACUUCUACUCUGUCACUGGUCCCAUCAAGGCUGGUCUCUCCGGCUCUGGCAGCACGUAUCAGAUUACCAUUCCAGAAGGUACCCCCGCUGGCCAGUCCUACGCUGUCCUCACGAAGGGAGGUCUGCCCACCGAUGAAACGAUCGUUGCCGGGCCCGCGAUCAUUGAGAUCCAGGAUGCUCAGUUCGGCGUGGUGCGCGAUUCGCCUUGCGCUGACUCUGCCCCAUCCUACGGCUCCAACGGCUCCGGCUCCAGCGGCUCCGGCUCUGGCACCAAUGCUCCAUCCUACACUCAGCCUCAGCCAUCCACCACCUCCGGCGGUUCGCAGCCAGUGAACCAAGCCCAGGAUGGCCAAGUAACCGUCACCGACGACUGUGAGGAGACCCACCCAUCUGCUCCCGCCGGUUACUAGACGUCUCUCUUCGGAGAGCGUCCAGCAUAG